CACACAGAUCCACUAGGUGGCGGUAACGCGCCUCUUAACUGGUUUGACAACCGUCAAUAAACUCAAGAAGAAGAAGAAGCAGAAGAAGCCUGAUCAUGCGAACAUUUUCAGAAUGGGUACCCAAGUGAAAGAUGUCAUCAUUAAGCCUGACGCUCCUAGCUCACUGCUGCUGGACAAACAUGCAGACUACAUCGCUGCCUACGGCUCCAAAAAGGAUGACUAUGAGUACACGCUGUCCGAGUACCUACGGAUGAGCGGCAUCUACUGGGGGCUGACUGUGAUGGACCUGAUGGGCCAGCUGCCCCGGAUGAACCGGCAGGAGAUCAUCGACUUCAUCAAAGACUGUCAGCACGAGUGUGGAGGCAUAAGCGCCAGCAUCGGACACGACCCCCACCUGCUCUACACCCUCAGCGCCGUCCAGAUCCUGUGCUUGUACGACAGCGUGAAUGCGCUGGACGUGGACAAAGUGGUGGAAUACAUCAAAGGGCUGCAGCAGGACGACGGCUCAUUUGCAGGAGACAAAUGGGGAGAAAUAGACACGAGAUUUUCCUUCUGUGCAGUUGCUACACUUGCGUUACUGGGCAAGAUGGACGCCAUAAAUGUUGACAAAGCCGUGGAGUUUGUCUUGUCCUGUAUGAACUUUGACGGAGGUUUUGGCUGCAGACCUGGUUCAGAGUCUCAUGCUGGUCAGAUUUACUGCUGCUCUGGCUUCCUGUCGCUCACCGGUCAGCUGCACCAGGUGAACUCUGACCUGCUGGGCUGGUGGCUCUGCGAGAGGCAGCUGCCGUCCGGAGGCCUCAAUGGACGACCGGAGAAGCUUCCAGAUGUGUGCUACUCCUGGUGGGUUUUGGCGUCGCUGAAAAUCAUUGGUAGGAUCCACUGGAUCGACAAGGCCAAGCUGCAGUCGUUUAUUCUCGCCUGUCAAGACGAGGAGACCGGAGGUUUUGCCGACAGACCGGGAGACAUGGUGGAUCCUUUCCACACUCUGUUUGGAAUCGCAGGUCUCUCCCUUCUCGGAGACGAACAGAUCAAGCCCGUGAAUCCUGUUCUGUGCAUGCCUGAGGACGUCCUGCAGAGGAUCGACCUGCAGCCUGACCUCCUCAGCUAGCUCUCUGACGCCAUCAUCCCACCACACACACACACACACUCACACACAGCUGCCCUGCUGAACACCCCAAAUACCACGGUGGAUGUCGGGAGCAGAGAGAGAACCCGUGUCUACAGACACAUUUUACAUGCAGGUUUCGGUCUCCGCUCACUAAGGACAAAAAGAGUCUGAGUCUGUCGUCACACCCUCAGCGACUCUUUGUGUUGUCAAGUCACUUUUGUUGGUUUUACUGCAAGAGAACGGUUUGGGAAAGAGAUUAACAAACAUUAACAAACAUUCCUUAGCUUUUUGACUUACUCACCAUGUCAGAUUGUUUGAGGGCAAAACAUUUGACUUUUAACAAACUUGCUUGUCAAGAAGUUUUUUUCUGUACUUAAUUCUUGGCCAGAGACAAAGGCUCCGAUUGGCUCUGCUUUCUCACGUGCAUUACCUGAAUGAUAAAGGGAAUAUUCUUUGACAGAUUUGUGCAUUUGAAACAGAUUAUGUGUGCAACAGAAGAGACACUUGACUGGUUUAACACCACAACAUGUUCAUGCACUUACUGUUUCAAAUACAAUAUCUUUGAAGAAGUGAGAGCAUGUGAAGCCAAAACUAUGCUCGUCCUGUUUACACUCGAGCAGUCGUACGACCCCUGUGCUGACGGGCUUCACAGCUGGAGAUGCAGCACAUGACGUGUUGCAAACAAAGUUUACAGUGCAAACAGAAAAUGUUUUUUUUUGCAGGAAUUCGAGGAAGGGGCAGUGUUUUGUUUGUGACACCCAGAGGUAAAACACACGGCAGCGUCUUCGUCUCUUGCCAAGUAUAUUUGACGUCUUAUCCACCGUCCCAGCGACACUAUUUAAAUCCAUGUUACUCAGCUUUGUUAUGCAGCAGAGGGUUUAGAUUUGCCCCCAAACUGUAAAAACAUGAAAUAUUUCUUAAGUUUUGAUGAUUCUCAAGCGACUUCUUACUUAAUUUGGUUAAAACUCUUUUUUCCCUUUCAGAAAUACCUAAUCUUUGUUUUGCUGCACUCUUGUCUUACUGAAUGCAAAUGUUAUCUGUUGUUAGAUAACUGUUCAGUGACCGUUACAGAGGGUAAAUAAAUCACCUGUUGCAUCUAUUAGUUCUCAGUUUGCCCCCAAUUUAAGUGACUAAUUACUGAUGAUUAAUGAAUUGACAUUGUAAAGUCAUUACUCAAACAAAAGCAUAUAAUGUGAUUAUCGGGUUUAAAGCACAGUUAUCCAGGAAUUGUGAUACUUAAAGAUGAUUAAAAAACGUUUAACAAACAACUUGUUGAUCUACUAGUUCUCAUCUUUGUGUUGUGGGGGCAGCUCUAAUCCAAAAAGCUGCUUACUGUUGCACAACUGUAUGUGUGUAUAUUCAUGUAACUUAUUUGUUCUUUUGGAUGGCAAUAAAUGUAGUAUUUCCCCCUCAA